AUGCAGACGCUGAUGCGACGCAAGGGCAAGGUGCUGGAGGCCGAACGCUCGCCCAUGGCGUCGUACGAAGUGAUCACGGAUCGUCCGACUGAAGUCUGCGAGUUUGGGACGCUGUGCGAGGUCGACAUCGCAUCGCCGUCGGGGGCAGGCGCCGAUUUCAUGCAGUAUGCAAUGCACACCAGGAAGAUCGACGCGCUUCUGCACACAAGAACGAGACACUGCGUCCUGGAGCUACUCGGGAUGUAUUCUGAACAGGCCACGUCCGUGAGCUAUGGCGGCAACGAGCCGCUCAUCACUUCCAGAGACCACUCGCUACGCGCUAUGGAUCCGCGCGAUUAUGAGGUACUGAGGGGGCUGCAUCACAAAGAUAACCAGCGCGGCUUCGAUUGGAUUCUGGCAUCGCUGCAUCCGGAUGACCAAUAUACUCUGACCGGAGCUAACGAAUUUUUGCUGAAGAAAUAG